CGACAUGUGCAAGAGCUCGGCCUCGGAGCCAAAUUCCACCGUAGCUGUUCGAACCGAAAGAUGCGAACCCCCCACGCCCCGGGUUCCUGUGGAGCUACAGGACAUGAUUAUCGACAACCUACGCGGCGACAAGGAGACUCUGGCCUACUGCUCUCUCGUUUGUCGCUCCUGGCUGGCACCCAGCCAACGCCAUCUAUUCUUCAGUCUUCUUCUUCGCGUAGACCGUCGCUGCCCCAACAACUGCCUCGGUUGCAAUGGCGAGCCUCCCUCUGGACGAACCCUUGUGGAUGUGAAGGAUUUCUUGGUCGGCAGCCCGCGCAUUGGCUCAUACGUCCAGGAGACUCGGUUUAUCCGGUCAUCGACUCGCAGUGGCCGUUAUCCUCUCAAGGCGAAUUUGCUCUUGGAUAUCCUCGAUGUUGUCCCUCGCCUCCGCGUCCUGGAGUUUCACUGCAUCGGCAUUCGCGGCGAUUUUCACGCGACCGAGCUCAAAGACAACUUCCUCGCCUUUGUGUCAGCUAUCCCUUGUCUCAAGAAGCUCGUCUUCAACACCACGAAUAUAUGCAGAACGCCCUCCAUCGCGAACUCGUCUCUACCCGCACCCGUAGACUUCUCACAGGCUACCGUCAGCACAGGGCCUGGCAGUCCCGUGCACCCAUUCUCCUUACCUCUUGAAUGUUUGAAAAUUCUCAGGUCAUGUACUGAUGGUUUUGCAUUUGAGCCGGUGCUUGAUGUUGUGACGGCGCGACCGGACAGCCUCAGCUCCUUGCGACGUCUAACUAUCAAUCUCGCCUGCGAACACUCGCCAGCUGCAAUAUAUCAAUCGUUUCAUGGGAUGUAUCUCAAGUACACAAGUCUGACCAGCUCUCAAGCACUCAACGACGCCUUGCAUCUUCCUGUCUGCAAAAGCUUAGCAAAUUUGACUCUUCGCAUGUCCACCUUUAGCCACUACCAGCCUUUUGCGACGUCAGUCUGCCUUAUGGCGAAUGCUAUUCUCCAGCUGCUUCCGCUCUCAAUCGCCUCCGUAAACCUUGUCCUCGACUUCGACGUUGCUUAUCUACAAGCUGCCCCUGAGGUGCACGUCUUGAUUGGCAUGCUUUACGUGGUGCACAACAUUCUAUCGACAAGCCAUGUAAAGACAGUCACUUUGACGACCUCGGGCUGCGCCCCCGAUCCAAGAGAAACUGCAGGCAAUCGUCGAUCACUUCCAGUCUCUGUUGGUGCAUAGUACUCUGCGUGUUGAGCUCGGAGGGAUAUUCGACUCCUUGUGCGU